CGUCGAACGUGUCCGCGCCACUCCUCGGCCUCAGGUCUGUAGAUUUGUCCAACAACAGCUUCUCGGGUCCGAUCCCGACGAUGCUGCCGGUGUACAUGCCCAACCUUGAGCACCUCAACCUUUCGUCAAACCAGUUCGUGGGGGAGAUACCGGCGUCCCUCGCCAAGUUGACCAAGCUUCAGAGCCUUAUUCUCGGCUCCAACAGUCUUUCCGGCGGAAUACCGCCGGUGCUCGGUUCCAUCUCAGGGCUAAGAGCGCUCGAGCUGCACAGCAACCCGCUGGGCGGCGCCAUCCCCGCCUCUCUCGGCAACCUCCGUUCGCUGGAGCGCAUCAAUGUCAGCCUCGCUCUGCUGGACUCAACCAUUCCGAGGGAGCUCAGCGGCUGCACCAACCUUACCGUCGUCGGCCUCGCCGGGAACAAGCUCUCUGGGAAGCUGCCGGUGUCGUUGGCCAAGCUGACGAAAAUACAGGAGUUCAACGUGUCCAAGAACAUGCUCACCGGGACGAUCUUGCCGGACUACUUCACGGCCUGGACACAUCUCAUGGUGUUUCAGGCGGACAGAAACCGUUUCAACGGCGAGAUCCCCACAGAGAUCGGGAUGGCGUUGAGGCUGGAGUUCCUCUCCCUGGCAACCAACAACCUCUCCGGCCCGAUCCCGUCGGUCAUCGGAAGGCUGACAGACCUGAAGCUGUUGGACCUCUCCGAGAAUGAACUCUCCGGUACGAUCCCACGGACCAUGGGCAACCUCACCAGAUUAGAGGUUCUUCGGCUGUAUGACAACAAGCUCACCGGCCGGUUGCCGGCCGAGUUCGGGAACAUGACGGCGCUCCAGAGGCUGUCCAUAAGCACCAAUAUGCUUGAGGGCGAGAUUCCGGCCGAGCUCGCCGGCUUGCCAAACAUCCGCGGCCUGAUCGCCUUCGAAAACCUCUUCUCCGGCGCCAUACCGCCGGGUCUUGGCGGGAACGGCUUGUUGUCCAUGGUCAGCAUGUCAGACAACAGGUUCUCCGGUGGGCUGCCACCGGGGCUGUGCAAGAGCGCGCCGCGCCUCCGGUUUCUCGCGUUGGACAACAACCACCUCACCGGCGACGUGCCCGCCUGCUACAGCAACUUUGAGAAGCUUGAGCGCUUCCGCAUGGCAGGCAACCGACUGGCCGGAAAUUUGUCAGGGAUCCUCGGGUCGCAGCUGCCGGACCUGUACUACAUUGACCUGUCCUGGAACCUGUUUGAAGGCGAGCUCCCGGAGCACUGGCCUCAGUUCAGGAGCCUCUCAUACCUGCACUUGGAUGGCAACAAAAUCGGCGGAACAAUUCCUCCCGGUUACGGUGCCAUGGCUGCAUUGCGAGAUCUCAGCCUGGCAUCCAACCGUCUCACCGGCACGAUCCCGCCCGAGCUCGGAAAAUUAGCACUGCUCAAGCUGAAUCUUGGUCACAACAUGUUGUCUGGCCGAAUCCCUGUGACACUAGGGAACAUCGCCACGAUGCUACUGCUGGACCUGUCCGAGAAUGAUCUUCACGGAGGCGUACCGGCGGAGCUGACAAUGUUAAGCUCCAUUUGGUACCUGAACCUGAGCGGCAACAGUCUCGCCGGCGAGGUUCCAGCUCUGCUCGGCAAGAUGAGCACGCUGGAGACGUUGGACCUCAGUGGCAACCCGGGUCUAUGCGGCGACGUAGCUGGCCUGAAUUCCUGCCACUUGAAUUCUGACAGCGGUGGUUCUCGGCGGCACAAGGCAAGGCUGAACCUUGUCAUACUGCUGGCUGUUGCCGCUGCGCUGCUGGCCUCCGUCGCUGCCGUGGCAUGCGUGGUGGUCCGCAGGAAGAGACGAACCGGCGCGGGCGAAGAUACGCCAGAGACCGAGAGAACGGCGACGGCGAGAGGCAGCGCAAUGGCUCUGCAGGCUUCAAUAUGGGGCAAGGAUGUGGAGAUCUCCUUCGGUGACAUCCUGGCAGCGACGGAGCAGUUCGACGAGGCCUACUGCAUAGGCAAAGGCAGCUUCGGGAGCGUGUACCAGGCCGACCUUCCAGGCGGCCACUGCCUCGCCGUGAAGAAGCUGGAUGCGUCGGAGACAGACGACGCGUUUAGGGGCAUCAGUGAGAAGAGCUUCGAGAACGAGGUGAGGGCCCUGACGCACGUCCGCCACCGGAACAUCGUCAAGCUCCACGGGUUCUGCGCCUCCAGCGGGUGCAUGUACCUGGUCUAUGAGCGCGUCGAGAGGGGCAGCCUCACCAAGGUGCUCUACGGAGGCAGCUGCGAAAGGUUCGACUGGCCGGCAAGGGUACGCGCCAUCCGGGGACUGGCGCACGCGCUGGCCUACCUGCACCACGACUGCUCGCCGCCGAUGAUCCACCGCGACGUGUCCAUCAACAACGUCCUGCUUGACGCCGAGUAUGAGACCCGGCUGUCGGACUUCGGCACGGCCAGAUUCCUCGCGCCCGGGCGCUCCAACUGCACCAGCAUGGCCGGCUCCUACGGCUACAUGGCACCAGAGCUCGCGUACUUGAGGGUGACGACCAAAUGCGACGUGUACAGCUUCGGCGUCGUGGCCAUGGAGAUCCUGAUGGGCAAGUUCCCGGGCGAGCUCAUAAGCUCCUUGUACAGCUUGGACGAGGCGCGUGGUGUGGGCGAGUCGGCGCUCCUGCUGCUCAAGGACGUGGUGGACCAGAGGCUGGACCUUCCUGCCGGGAAAUUGGCUGGGCAGCUGGUCUUCCUCUUUGUUGUGGCCUUGUCGUGCGUUCGAACGAACCCUGAUGCCCGGCCGACCAUGCGCACCGUCGCACAGGAGCUCUCUGCUCAACGGCGGUCUACCUUGGAUAGGCCAUUCGCUGCCAUCAGCAUCGGCGACCUUACAAUUCUGCAGGUGUGAUGAUUUGGAUAAUGCUAGUAUUUGUACCGAGACAGCUUUUUCCUUUUGCUUAAUUGCAUAAAUGUCAUUUUAUAUUUUUGUCAAUUUUGA